GCCUUAUUGGUUCAUAUAGCAAUCUAUCAACGAGGUCAUCCAAACAAAUCCACAGAAUGUAUCCAGUGAAUGCCUACACACCUAGUCUGGCCAAUCACUGAGCUAAAACUCGUGAGGGAGGCGUGAGGCCUAGCUCUCCUGUGUGCAACCAGCUAGCUAAAGCUCUAAAAGAUAAUCGAUCGUGUGUGGAUUUUAUAAAACGAGAAACAUCGAUUGAGAAAAAGAAAGAAAAGGAACAUAUUUUGCUGCAGGAGAUCCACCUGCCACCAUGUCGCUGGAAGCACCAGACAUGGGCAAAGAUCCUGCACCAGACAUAUCCCCAGAACUAGCUGCAGAUUCCGCUCCAGCCCCAGAAUUAGCCCCUGAGCUAACACCAGAUACAGCCCCAGAACUAGCUGCAGAUUCAGCUCCAGUCCCAGUAAUGAAUCCAACUUGUAAGAUCAUGACCUUCCGGCCCACCAUGGAGGAAUUCAAGGACUUUGCCAAAUACAUUGCCUACAUGGAGACUCAAGGAGCACACCGCGCAGGCCUGGCGAAGGUGAUUCCCCCUAAGGGCUGGAAGCCACGGAAGUCAUAUGACGUCAUUGAGGAGAUGACGAUCCCUGCUCCCAUCAUGCAGGUGGUGACGGGCCAGUCAGGCCUCUUCACCCAGUACAACAUCCAGAAGAAGUCCAUGACUGUGGGGGAGUACCGCCAACUGGCCAACAGCAGAAAGUACUGUACCCCCCGACACAAGGACUUUGACGACCUGGAGAGGAAGUACUGGAAGAACCUCACCUUUGUGUCUCCAAUCUACGGGGCUGACGUCAGCGGCUCCAUCUAUGACUCUGAGAUCGGUGAGUGGAACAUCGGCCACCUGAACACGCUGCUGGACAUGGUGGAGCAGGAGUGUGGCAUCGUGAUCGAGGGGGUGAACACGCCCUACCUGUACUUUGGCAUGUGGAAGACCACCUUUGCCUGGCACACAGAGGACAUGGAUCUCUACAGUAUCAACUACCUCCACUUUGGAGAGCCCAAGUCCUGGUAUGCCAUCCCACCUGAGCACGGGAGAAGGCUGGAGAGGCUGGCUCAAGGUUUCUUCCCAGGCAGUUCCCAGGGCUGUGACGCCUUUCUCCGCCACAAGAUGACUCUCAUCUCCCCGUCCAUACUGAAGAAGUACAGCAUCCCCUUCGACAGGAUCACUCAGGAAGAAGGCGAGUUUAUGGUCACCUUUCCUUAUGGCUACCACGCCGGUUUCAACCACGGCUUCAACUGCGCGGAGUCCACCAACUUUGCCACCCUGCGCUGGAUCGACUACGGCAAGAUGGCAACACAGUGUACAUGUCGUAAGGACAUGGUGAAGAUCUCCAUGGACGUGUUUGUCCGCUGCCUGCAGCCAGAGCGCUACGUCCAGUGGAAACAGGGAAAGGACGGCAUGGUGCUGGACCACCAGCGACCCACCACCCUGACCAGCCCUGAGCUGGAGCACUGGAGGGCCAACCGGGUCACCUACCGCCAGAAACUGCUUCAGAGAGCUUUACAGAAGAAGGAGCAGCUGCGGCGGCUGAAACUGGAGGAGGUCAAGGUUCUGGCGGAGGAAGGCAUUGAGAUGGAUGCCGCCGAGUACCAGCGUCAGGUGGAGGAGCGCGAGGCCCAGCGGCGCCAGGAGAGGGAUGAGAGGAUGGCCCGGGAGGCGUUUCAGACCCUGGAGGCCAUGGAGAGAGAGGACCAGGAGAGGGAAGAACGGGAAAGGCAGGACCGAGAGAGGCAGGACGCCGUUGCCGCCAAGGCCACAAGAGUACACGACCCCCAGGCAGACCCACAGCACUUGACGGUGAAUGGAGAGAAGAAGAAGAAGAAGAAGAAGAAGAGGAAGAAGCAGCAGCAGCAACAACCUACCCUGCCGCUGGCCCCUAUAAACUCCUUCCAAGCAGCGUUUGAGAAGUUUGCCACAUUCAACAUGCCCCAGACACCAAAGGAGCCCCAAGGCAGCAAUGACACAGAAAUACCAGCAGAGGACAGGCUUGAUGUGAAAGGCAUGCAGCAGCAGUCAUCGUACUACUCUAAGCAGUUGAAGAUUAAGAUGGAGGUGAAGAAGAGUCGCCGACACCCCCUCAGCAAGCCGCCUAUGCGCUCUCCGCUAUCCAUCGUCAAGCAGGAAAUGUCCAGCGAUGAAGAGCUGUUCUCCCCCUUGCCACUGGAUGGCCAUGUGAAGAAGGCGGGCCACUUGUGGCAGAACCGCACUCCUAACAUCCUGGCUGAGAAGAGUUUCAAUGCGGCCGUGGCCACCCUGGAACCCUACUGUGCCGUAUGCACUCUGUUCUGCCCAUACACACAGCCCCAGAAGGACUCUCUGUACCCAUCCGACAGCCCCAGUUCCCCCAACCACCCCCACACUCCCCGCUGCGGCAGCCGCACCCACCCGCUGGUCCCAGAGAUGUGCUUCAGCGCCGGGCCGGACAACACGGAGCUGCUGCCCUCCAACUCCCACACGGGAGAAGACUGCACCAGCCCGCUGAUCUCCUGCUCCUCCUGCAGCCUGCAGGUUCACUCCAGUUGUUAUGGUGUUAGUCUGGACACGGUACACAAUCAGUCCUGGAUGUGUUCGCGAUGUACAGCGCUCGCCUGGACAGCGGACUGCUGUCUGUGUAACUUACGGGGAGGGGCUCUGAAGAUGACCACAGACAACCGGUGGGUCCAUGUGAUCUGUGCCAUCGCCGUGGCGGAGGCUCGCUUCGUCAACGCCAUCGCAAGGGAGCCGGUGGACAUCAGCGCCAUCCCCGAUAGCAGGAAGAGUCUGAAGUGUGUGUACUGCCACAAGAACACCAAGCAGAUGUGCGGGGCGUGUAUCCAGUGUUCCCACGACAACUGCUCCACCUCCUUCCACGUCACCUGCGCCCACAUCGCCGGUGUGCUCAUGAAGCCAGCUGAUUGGCCCUACGUGGUGUCUGUCACCUGCCACAAGCAUAAGAAGACCAAUCACAAGGCAAGGGCGGGGCCAAGGGGGGAGUUUUCUCUUGGCCAGAAGGUAAUUGGUCGGAACAUCGAUGGCUGGUUCUACCCCUGCACCAUCAUUGGCAUGACCUCACAAACCUUCUACGAGGUCAACUAUGAUGACGGCUCCUACUGUGACAACAUUUUCCCCGAGAACGUUGUGAGUCACGACUGUCUUCGUAACGGCCCCCCAGAGACCGGCAAGCUGAUGUUGGUCCACAACAUGGAGGGCCAGGCACUCAACGCCUCCUAUGUCAAGGAUCACGUGCACAAGUACUACCAGGUGGAGUUCCAAGAUGCGUCCCAGCUGUUACUGAAGCAAACAGAGAUCCAUUCGCUGGAGCAGGACCUGCCCAAGAGGGUCUGCACUCGUCUGGCAAUACCAACCCAGGAAGCCCUUCUGUCAGGCGACGAACCACAGGCAGCCAAGAGGCCUCGCCUCCCCGCCCCUCACCCCACACCUCAAGCCCCCAUGGACCCCGGAUGCCAACCCCCAGCUACAGGCCCUGUACCUCACAGUAUUACACCUCACACACCCAGCCAUACUCCUGGUCCCUCCAACACUGAUAUCAGCGCCCUUACCCUCACCCAGGCUCUGGCAAUACCCAUCUCCGAGCCCACCCUCACCCCAAUGCCAACUCUCACUGAUCCUCUCCCAGCCCCGUCGGCCCUAGCCGCCCCUCUGCUGCCCCUUUCCCCAGCCGUGCCCUUCCAGGACCAGGGUGAAGCUUACACAGCCAGGUCCGUGCCCUUCCAGGACCAGGGUGAAGCUUACACAGUCAGGUCCGUGCCCUUCCAGGACCAGGGUGAAGCUUACACAGUCAGGUCCGUGCCCUUCCAGGACCAGGGUGAAGCUUACACAGCCAGGUCCGUGCCCUUCCAGAACCAAGGUGAAGGAUACACGCCCAGCUCCAGCUACGUGUCCUACAUGGAGACGCUGCUCAAUACACACUUCCCCCCUCAAGAAGAUGGCCCCGGGCCCCUGUUUUAAUGAGACGCACCACUCUGCCGUGAUAGCUAGGCUAACAGGAGCUAAGCUAACACUAGGAAAGAUAAUGUAAUCUAUGCUAAAGGAGGCUAAGUGAUAGACAGUAGCAUCUGCUACAGAAUGCAGAUAAAGCACUCCUCAGCUGCAUGUCUUUUUUUUGGGGGGGGUGGGGGGUUCUUACUGCUGUGGUGUGGUUAUGGGCUGUUCCUAGAACUGCAGCAGAAGAGGAGGCUUCUUUUCCACUUCUGUGUGUCUCUGCCAUUGUGCAAAACGCAAAAUGUAUAGACAUGAAUAGACUCACAAGCAUCAACACCGUACCUCUUUCUAUCCAUUUAUUUACCCACUUUACCCGCUUUUACAGAACGGUGACGUCAGCAGUCUACGUGCGUCAGCUUUUUUGUGUUCAUCUAUGAAACCAGCAAGAACUAUUUUUUAAUAGAAGCUAUACCAACUGCUUACAAUGAAACAGAACAGCAUAUGGACAGAAUAUUUGUGUACAGUUUCAAUAAUGUAUUUUUGUUUGUGAGAGGUCCUGGGAAAAGGGUGGGGAUGUAUUACAGGGGGUUGACAAGUAUUUAAAUGUCUUAUUCAUAUAUUGAUAUAAAAUCCUUGUACAAAGAAAAUGUUUUUUGGAGGGGAAUGCAACCAUGGUAGUUACACUUUGUAAUCUUGUCUGCAGAACCAUUGAAUUUUGUGAAGAUGUGUUGCAGUAGUUCUGAAUGUGUCCCUGUAUCGAACAAACCCAAAACCAUCAUGUUCACAUGGCUCACUUUUUCCAACUCCAGAACUUCUCUGGGCUUGUUUUGUAGCAUUCUUCGUAAAAUCAAUGUUACUAUUCGACGUUGUCUGUUCGUAUGACUAUUCUUUGUUUAUUUUGUGAAUAUAUUAACCUCACGAGGUGAUCCGAGAAAAUGCUUUGAUUAUGAAAUUAUUAUCCUUAUUUUUUGAGAUUUUAGAAGCAUAAAUUGAAUUUCUACUCCGGUAAACAAAACCUGCAUUUUCAAAUGGUAUGUUAACUAUCUUUAUAGAGGUGCUAUCCUGGAUGACUGAGGAAGCAUGUUUCUCAUACCCACAGUCACAUUAUACAUAGUGCAAGCCUUGUGUGUGAAUCAAAUCUGUUAAUGUCAUACUAGCCAUGUAAUUGAACGUCAUGACAGAUCAAUGUUCCUAUGUGGAAACCAACUGUGAAGAGGCUUUAUUUCAUAGGAAUUAAACUGAGUUGUUAUAGCCA